AGAAAUUUCAAGGCUGUUCUCGUUAAAAGUCAUCGGCGAUUGCUUCUCAUUUGUCAUCGCCGCCGUUGAACUCUCUCGCCGGCGAUAAUGAUCUACGUUGGUGGAGUGCCAGUUCGAGAUGAGAAUAGCUCAUCUUCCUUGUCUUCUUCAUCUCAGGGAAGUAGCUUGCUUCUUGAUGUAAUGAGUCAUCCUGUGAUAACGUUAGCUUCUGAUUCUUUUAAGAAUCUUGAGGAAAAGAAUGUUUCUUUUGAUGAAAGUGAUUCAGAGAGCUCAACAAAAGACAGAUAUGUUUACAUAUUCCAAAGAGAAUUUGCUGUUGUGAAUCCAGCUCUUGUUGAUUUUGUUGGCACCGAUGAAGCAACAACUUGCGUAGGCCUUGUUAUCCGCAACAGAAAAUCUGGAAUGACGUCUGUUGCGCAUAUGGAUUCACCAGAGAUUGUGGAUUUGGGGAUAAGCCAGAUGUUGUCAUUGGUUUUGGAGGACGACGUAGAUGCCGAGUUAGAUGUACAUAUGUUUGGUGGUUAUGAAGAUGUCCACAUAAAAAAUGCUGAUGGUGGUGACUAUGCCAAACCAGAGGGUUACUCAUUUCCUUUGUGUUGCAAAUUAGUAGAAACUUUGCAGAAGAGAAGAGAAUACUUUCACAUUCAAACCCUCUUUAUUCUUGGGCACAAUACCAAGUUGGAUGCACAAGCGAACACUUGCCCCAUUUUUAAUGGAUGCCUGGUGAAUACCUCCACCGGUGCAAUUUUACCAGCCAGUUUCGACAGAACAUCUAGAUGUCCGGAUGAGAUUGUUAGAAGAAUUCGAGUUUCAUCAUCAUUUUUAGAUUCUAGCUGGAAGGGAAAGUUACUCGACACAUAUGACACAAAAACUGAUAGAUUCAUCAUUGCACCAUGCCGCUGGACAAUGCGCUUGGUUGAAUAUGUUUGGGAACUUAAUCAGCUUUCUGAUGAAGAAAUCCUCACAAAUUGUUCUACGUCACCUUCUGCUGAAGGUCCAGACUUCGUAGACAAUUCAAGAAGGAUUUGGGAGUAUUUACUCAAACAUCCAGAUUGGAGCAAAACCUUCCCAAAAAGACAACCACGCGUGAUGAGGAAGGAAGAAGAAGAAGAAGCACGAUCUUAUAACAUGAACGUCGACGAUACUAACAACUAUAUUUGCACUGAUAAUGAUUACAUCGAAGAACAUGAAGAUGAUAACAACAGUAAGAAGAGCCAAGCACAAACAUGGGGCACGUGGGAAGAGCUGUUAUUAGCAUGCGCCGUUAAACGACACGGCUUUGGUGAUUGGGAUUCCGUCGCUACAGAGGUUCGAUCCCGGAGCUCUCUCUCCCACCUCCUCGCUUCCGCUAAUGAUUGUAGGCACAAGUAUCGAGAUCUCAAGCGUCGAUUUCAGGACCAAGUAAAAACCGAUGCGGCUGCGACGGCGACGGUGGAAGAAGAAGAAGAAAAAGAAGAGAGAGUCGGUAAUAAUAUCCCUUGGCUUGAACAGCUACGUAACCUUCGUGUAGCUGAGCUCCGUCGUGAAGUUGAGCGAUAUGAUUGUUCGAUACUAUCGCUUCAAUUGAAGGUUAAGAAAUUAGAGGAGGAGAGAGAAGUUGGAGAAGAGAAACCAGAUCUGGAAGAUGAGAGGAAAGGAGAGAGAUCGGAGAACGAUGGUUCUGAAUCUGAGCACCGUGGAAAGGCGGUGGUUUCAGCGGCGGAGGAAUCUGAUCGGGAAAACAGGUCGAUGAACGAGUCGAACUCGACAGAAACCGCCGGAGAAGACGAGAGAGUUGGCGGAGAUGAACCGAGUCAGACUCGAGAAGAUGACUCGGGUGAUAAUAAUAAUCCGGAUCCUGAUCCGGUUUAUAAGGAUGCGGCGGUGGCGGUGGAGGAGGAGGAAGGAUCGGUUAGUAGAGGAUCGGAAGCGAGUCACUCAGACGAGUUAGGCGAGUCAGGGACGUCGGAAACGAAAUGGAAACGGAAACGUAGGAAACAGGGUGGUUCCGGCGACAUCAGAUCGGCUGAGAGUAAAUCACAGCCGUUGAUUGGUCUUCUUGAUCUGAUUCGGUCCCAUCCGCGUGGAUCUUUGUUCGAACGCCGGCUUCGGAGCCAGGAGGCUAAGGAUUACAAGAGCAUGAUUAAGCAACAUUUGGACAUUGAGACGAUACAGAGAAAGUUGAAGCAAGGAUCUUAUGAUUCUUCAAGCCUCACUUUUUACAGAGAUCUACAGCUUCUCUUCACAAACGCCAUUGUGUUUUUUCCUUUAUCUUCCUCAGAAUCAAUGGCAGCUCACGAACUAAGAGCUGUUGUUUCUCAAGAAAUCAGGAAAGAGACCGGAAAAUCUGGUCCCAGGUUAAUAAACGGGGAAGCAUCGGGUAUACGUAGUGGCAAAGCGGAUGCUGAUACAUCAGACUCGUCUCUCUCUAGACAGAAAUCUUCGGCUCCUCUUGUCGUUUGUAAGAAGAGGAGUUCUGUUUCCGCUAAGGCUUCUCCUUCGUCAUCAAGCUUUAGCCAAAAAGAGGAGACGAAAGAAGAGACAUUAUCAGAGGAGAAAGACAACACUGUGACUGGUGUAAGAAGCUCGAGAAGGGCCAACAAGGUGGUUGCUGGUGCUGCGGUUGUCGCCAAUAAUACCAAGACGGGCAAAGGCAAGAACAAACAGAAACAGACAGAGUCGAAAACAAAUUUGUCAAAUGACAAUAGUAGUAAACAAGAUACAGGUAAAACAGAGAAGAAAACGGUUUCAUCAGAUAAGAAGAAGAGUAUGGCUGAUUUCUUGAAGAGAUUAAAGAAGAACUCUCCGCAAAAAGAAGCUAAAGAUCAGAAUAAGAGCGGUGGAAAUGGUAAGAAAGAUAGUAAAACAAAACCAAGAGAACUUAGAAGUAGCAGUGUGGGUAAAAAGAAGGCCGAGGUAGAGAAUACUCCGGUGAAAAGAGCCCCUGGGAGACCGCAGAAGAAAACAGCAGAGGCAGGAGCAACUGCAACCGCAUCUGCCUCGGGAAAACGGGGUAGAGAUACCGGAAGCUCGGGAAAGGACAAUAAACAGCCAAAGAAAAGAAUCAGAAAAUGAGAAUUGAAAACACCUUUUUCCCCUUUGGUGGCUUUUCUUAAGAGCUCAAGGUACUGUAUAUCCAUAUAAUAUGCUUUGGAGUAUUUUAUCUUAAUUCUAACAUUAGAAGUCAUAUUCUCAUAGUUAUGGAUUAGGGAAAGUGUAUUUUGGCUUGCUGGCAUCAGUAAUAUUCAUUCCUUCUUUUCUGUUAUAUUUUGCUCAUUUCCACCAUUUGAAUCCCUAAAAAACUAGAACGACAGUG